AGCGACUAUUCCCGAGGACAGUGGCGGCACCACAGCAAACCUACUGAGAAGAAAAACCGUUUCGGACGAUCUCAUAUUUGAAAACCGAAGAUCACUUGAGUCAAAGGCCACUUGAGUAGUUAUGACCAGAUCACUCGGGCUAUUAAUUCUCCUUUCCGCGCUCUGCUGCUGCCUAGCGGACAAUGUGGAGCUGCUCCGCACUAAGAGAGGGACUCGUUUUUACAGAGGUGAGCCUGACAGGCAGCCAGCUAGACGGACGCUUAUUAUUCAUGUCCAGAAGUCUUCACCUUCCUUUGACACGUCCUUACUUUGUGUGGAUAGCGAGACAUCAGCAGUGCGUAGUGUUCGGGAAACUUGGCUGCGAUGGAGGGGGAAGCGUGUGGAGUUUUGCCGUUGUGCAUUAGGAGGACGAGAGCGUUGUCAUAUUGUGCCUGUCAUCAAUUGCUAUGUGUCUCAGUGUUAUAACGGUGGAGUCUGUAAGGAGGCCGUGUACACUUCGGACUACAUUUGCCAGUGUCCCGCAGGCUUCAGUGGGACUCAUUGUGAGAUCAACACCAAUGAGAAGUGUGUUGUGGGUCAGGGUCAAGGGUAUCGUGGGACAUGGAGUCACAGCUAUACAGGGGCAGAGUGCAUCAACUGGAACUCGACAUCUCUGAGAGGAAGGAGGUUCACAGCCAGGAAAGUGGACGCCAGCAGGCUUGGACUGGGCAAUCACAACUUCUGCAGGAACCCUGACAAUGACAGCAAUCCUUGGUGUUACGUCUAUAAAGGCACUCAGAUCGCCUGGGACUUCUGUUCUUUGCCCAAAUGUCCAGAAGAUAAGUACAGAGACUGUGUCGUAGACUCUGGUCAGUCAUACAGAGGCACAACAUCUGUCACUAAGAGUGGCUCUCACUGUCUUCCGUGGGACUCUCCUGCUAUCAGGCACAAGCUCAACAAUGCUUGGAUAUCUGAUGCAUUGGAGCUGGGCCUGGGCAGCCACAACUUCUGCAGGAAUCCAGAUGAUGAAACAGGUCCAUGGUGUCACACCUACAAAGACAUGCGGCUGACCUGGGAGCUGUGCGACAUACCUAAAUGCUCGAAACGUCCAUCUAUCAUCACCACUCUCGGACCACGUGCCCCCUCCACCAACAACAGUAACAGAGCAACAUGCGGCCAGCGUUUGGAUAACUCCCUGAAUCGCCCGGCGUACCGCAUAUUUGGGGGCAGCAAGAGCGACAUCUCGGAGCAGCCGUGGCAGGCGGCCAUUAAUGUUUACCAGGCCCGUCGUAGACAACACUUUCACAGAUGUGGAGGAGUCCUCAUUGACUCCUGUUGGGUCCUGUCUGCUGCACACUGCUUCGAGGAAAGUGAUAAAGCAGAAAAAUUGGAAGUGAUUUUGGGAAGAACGUUUCGGAAACAGAGUUCCAGCAGCGAGCAGAUUUUCAAGGUUGAGAAAUACUGGAUCCAUGAGAAAUUUGACCUUGAAAAAUUUGACAAUGACAUCGCUCUCCUGAAGCUGAAGACGGACAUUGGCAUCUGUGCUGUAAACUCUCCAGAGGUUCUUCCUGCGUGUCUGCCUGAUCCUGGGCUGGUGCUGCCCAGCUGGACUGAGUGCGAGAUCUCAGGCUAUGGAAGAGACAAAGAAUUUUCUGCAGAGUACUCAGAGCGUGUGAAGAGAGGUUAUGUACGGCUGUGGCCCAACGAGCGCUGCAUCCCGGAUGUGCUGUCUGGACGCCCAGUUACCGCCAACAUGCUGUGUGCGGGUGAUACCCGAGGCCUCGAUGACGCCUGCAAGGGCGACUCUGGUGGCCCGCUCGUCUGUCGAAACAAGGACAGGAUGACUCUGAUGGGUGUGAUCAGCUGGGGCGACGGAUGCGGGCAGAAGGAUAAGCCUGGGGUCUACACCCGUGUCACCAAUUACAUCGACUGGAUCAACAGGAAAAUGAAGGCAAACCUGGUCUAAAGUAAGAGAGACUGCAAAGAAGAUGUUGUUGGAUAACCAUACCCAUAAAGACAAUGGGUAAAAGAGCAAAAGCAGACAUGUUUAGCAUUGGGGAGAUAGACAGAGAGGUCCACAGGACACUCAGGGCUCUUGUUUAUCUGUUGAUCGAAAUCCAAACUGAUGGAGGUUUUAAACCAGCAGGACAAUCCUACAGAGAUGCACAAGAUGAACCUCAGUCAUGAGUUUUCAUGCACAAUGUAGCUCCAUGUUCUCAAGUUUUCUGUUCUUUACUGUGUCAAAUGUGGCAGUAUACAUGGACAGAAACACAGAACAAACUCUUUCUCCUCUGUCUGGGUCAUCUCGGUCGAAAUAAUAAUUUUUAAAAUCUUUUUAUGCAUAAAAAGUUUCCAUGUAUUUUCUCAAUAUUGCCUCCACCAAACUGAAGUGUCCUCAGUGAACCUAACAGGAUAUAUGGGAAAUAUCAGCAUGUUCCUCUGCGCUCUCUGGCUGGCUUUAUGCUGGUUUAUACAAAGAAGUCACAGUGGUAGACUUCAGCUCAGUAGCACUUCUCAUUCAGAAGAAUACUCAGUCAACACAGGCAUUUACUUUGCACAGUAAAGUAAGUCACAUAGGAGUGUUUCUGCUACUCCGAAGGGAAUUUUUUUUUUUUGUGCAAAGAUUGUGUUAAAGACUUGUCUUCUACAUAUGAGGUGAGCUUGGCUUAAAUAUUUUUAAUGCUAAAAGUUCAUGCAUUUGCUUACUUAGGGGUUGAGGGGUUCCAGACCUUCAUUCAAACCACCAAACUGUACUGUAUCUGCUGGUUCAGACUCUGCUUGUUUUUUGCAGUUUUCUCUCCUUUUGCUCCCUGCCAUCUUGUAGAUGGGAAAAGAUUUAGACGUGUGGAGGCAGGAAACUCUGAACGCCAUUCAACAAACCAAAGUCUUUUGCCUUAAACUUCAUUAUAGAGGGAGAGCAAAACGUUUUUGUACUGGAUUUCUAGAGCACUUCUCCACCAGACACCUGGGUUGAGCCCAGUAUGUAUGUAACAUUUAUAUUGUCUGAUUGUUGAUUUUAUAUUGAAAAUGACAUUGGGAUGGUUUUUCUGUCCUACUUUAAAUUCCUUAAUGACUGCAAAGCUUAACAAACUCCCUUUGUUCUGUGAUAGAUUAUCCAGAGAAACUGGGUUUUAGAUGUUUUGUGCUAAGUUAAUAUUUAUAUGUAUUUUAUUGCUUUGUAGAAACUUUAUUGUUACGUACUGUGUGUACUGUAUCUUAAUAAUUUAUUGUCACUGUUAUUGUAGCCACAUUUGA